AACCAACCGAGCCAGAGCAAGCUCGCCCUCGCUCACUUCACUCUCACUGACCGAGAGUGAGAGCGAGAGCGAGAAAGAAACCACCUUGGCGGCGGCGGGGCCUACGCGCUCGUGCUCCUGCCGGCCCUGCUCCUCCUCCCCGCAUAAAUCCCCCAAAACCCCGGCCCGCCGGCCGGCCGCGUGGUGGCUCUCAUCUCCUCUAGCUCAGCCAGCGCGCAAUGCAGAACUUUUUUGGGUGGCUCGCGCACGGCGGCGCCGUCCAGCUCCCGCGGGCCAGCCAUCCGGUCGUCCACCCCGCUCCGCCGCCUCCCGUUCCGGAUGCUGCGGCACAGGCGCAGCCGCAGGGACAGGGCCCGCCCCCGCCCCCGGCUCCGGCUCCAGCUCCACCUCCGGCCCCGGCCCCGGCUCCGGCGGCAGAGGGAGAGAUACAGCCGGUGGCCCCGGCUGCGGCGGCAGAGGGACAGGGGCAGGCGGUGGCCCCGGCUCCGGCUCCGGCUGCGGCGGCGGAGGUGGAGGACGCGAACGCGAACGCGCCGCCGCCCGGGGUGGUGAUGGUGGACCUGAUGGGGGCGCCGGGGACGCGCUGGGGGCUCGGCACCCGCCUCGCGCAGGCGCUCCUCGCGGCCGCCGCCAUCGGCUUCAUGGCCUCCACCGACGACUUCAACGAGGUCACCGCCUUCCGCCUCCUCGUAACAGCAGAGGCCUUGCAAUGCCUGUGGAGCCUCGCUCUGGCCGCCGUUGACGUCUACGCACUUCUUGUCAAGCGCGCCUUCCGGACUCCUCGAGCUACCACCAUAUAUUCCAUUGGGGACUGGGUCACGGGAGCACUGACCUUCGCUGCAGCGAGCGGAUCGGCAGGCAUCACCGUUCUCAUCAACGACGACCUGAUGAUGUGCUCGGAGAACCACUGCCCGAGCUUCAUGGCCUCCACCUCCAUGGCUUUCUUCACCUGGUUCGCGAUCGCGCCGUCCUGCCUCUUUAACCUCAUGACAGCGGUGUACCGAGUGCAGAGGGCGUAGUUUGUGGGGCUGUUUUAACGAACUAGGUGGCACAUCUAAUUAUAUAACUGUACUCAUGACCGAGAUGCGAUGGACGGAUGCGCGUCGAAUAGCGUAUAUUAUCGACAUUUCUGUAGUAAUCAGGUAGUAGCUUUGAUGCUCGGAAGGGUGGUUGUGAAGCUCUGCAUUUUAUUUUCAGCAGUGUAUGCAUGUAUGCCUUCUUAUUAUGUGAGGCUGGGCUGGUGGUUGUGAACUGGAGAUGAACUAACUGAUAGAGCUCAAGGUUGGUUAUGAUAUGCUAUUCUAUCCGACUC